AUGGACGCCAUCAAGAAGAAGAUGCAGGCGAUGAAGAUUGAGAAGGAUAACGCCAUAGACCGGGCGGACGCGGCAGAAGAAAAAUGCAGACAGACUCAGGAACGCUUAGAACGCGUUGAGGAAGAGUUGCGCGAUACACAGAAGAAGAUGAUGGCAAUUGAAAACGAAUUGGACAAGGCACAAGAGGACCUUUCCUCCGCAAACAAUGCGCUUGAGGAGAAGGAGAAAAAAGUGCAGGAGGUGGGUCAUUAAUUAAAAUAUUUUCUGAAAUUGUGGCACUGUUUCACUAUUUAUUUUUAUAAUACUGUAUUUCUGUGUUUGACUUGUGCAACUGCAAUUUUGUGUGAAUUUCUUCGAAUGCAAUUGAGAAAAAAAUAUUUUUUUGUGGGUAAUUUCACCGAGUGUUUGGGCUUGGGUAUCUCAAGGGGGACACUCGCGAUUGUUAAUUAUCUCACUGUUUUUUUCAUGGUCCUCUCAAGCGUAAAGUUAUGCAGUCGGAUCUCACCUAUGUCUACA